ACUGUCUGCGCUGUGGCAAGGGCUUCCCGUCGCAUAUCCUAAGCACAGGCUCUCAGCGCCACACCGAUGUCUGACUGGUUGGCGAGCCGCGAUCCUUUUCAACCCAGCCCUGGAGCCAGCUCCGUGCGAUCAGGAACUGAAAUUACUAUGCAAAGAGCUGAGGCGGCGCGCUGGAGCGGGGCGGGACCGCGGGGCAGCCCCCACCACUGGGUUGCAGCCGCCACCACCAGGCGCAGAGCCAAUUUGGAGGUGGGAGUUCACGAGCCCGACUGUUCAUCCUUCAGGUCCGGGGAGCGCCCAUCUGUCCGGCGGUGCCCGGCGGGAGCAUUUGAGCAAGGGGCUGCAGCUUUGCAGGCAGCGGCUGCGGCUGCAGCAGCGGCAGCAACAGCGGCAGCAGCAGGACGCCGGAGCUCCGCCCUCACCGAACCCCCUCCUCUGCCUAACCCGUCCCGGGGGGAAAGUGUUCCAGCCCCGGCUGCUGCGCGCCUGGCGGGGGAGCUGGGCAGCGGAAGGCAGGUUGUGGUUCUGCUGCAAGGAGACCAGCGGCAGGAGAUCUGAUGGAAAGUUAUGAAGAGGAUUAAGCAAGCGAGCUGAUGACCCAGAGCGGCACAGUAGGAAUUCUGGCCCUUGCUCCUAACUGCAGAGGCUGCCUGAGUUUCUUGACUUGUGACCACAUCAUGCUGACUUCUACCUCUAUUGUCUCAUCUCCUCUGAUUCUGCAUCCCUCAGAAGGACCCUUGUGAUGACAUUAGGUCCACCUGGAUA